AUGGAACCAAAUGCGCCUUCAACUUCGGCACACGCGCCACGCAAGAGAAAGAAUCACAGGGGCGGCAAGAAGAAGAAGCAGACUAGAAGAAAGUCAUUCGCCGGCCUUGCUCCAGAUGACGUCGAGUCCGGACUCGAUAGGCCUGAGGAUAUGGGCACUGGCCUUGAAGGAUUCUAUUCCAGGCCUGGUCGUAAUGCGAGCAACACAAGCCUCGACAGCGAUGCUUUGUUAGAUCACAGAGAACAUAAAUCCUUCAUCCGACCCCGACGUCCGUCUAUGAUGACAGCGAGCGGCUCCCUUCUCGCCACGCCCGGCGGUAGCAGACUGAAGCAUAUGAGCAGAGGAGACACCAGCGAGGAAGACGGAGAAGGAGCACCGCUCCUAUCUAGCUCUGUCUUCCAACGAGGCGAAACAUUCCCGAGCUAUGGGUCCGGAGAAGCUACUCUUCGAAGAAGCGGUCCCGGCAGUCGUCACGAAUCGAGCAGGAGCAGUUCCAAGAGACGCUUCCUCGGAUCCGGGAACGAUACUUAUAAUGUCAAUUAUCCGCCAUCGGUGCCGGGAACGCCUCCGAUGCGCCCACUGGACCGCAUGGAUAUGAGCUUCGGCGAUGCUUUGCUGCGCGACGAGCUUGAAAACGGUGAUUCGCAGAGAAGGGAUUAUGACGAAGACGACCAUGAAUCGUUCCACAAUUCGCCAUUGGAGAGGAGGAAGACAAUUGCUGCUUUGCAGGCUGAGGAGGAUGUGUGCUUUCCCCAAGAGGGCCUUUCUGAUAUCGCCGACGACGAGCUUGGGAUUCGCGAUGCUCAUGGUUACCGUGGGCGGGCGCGGAGACGUCGCCGCAAGUGGCCAGAUAUUGCUCUGUUGAAUGAAUGGAGUAGAGUCGAGAAGGAGGGACGUAGCGAAGAGCGCCGGGUGAAGAGGAUGGUAGAGCCCCAGCUCAUCAACGGCAGACUGAGGCCUGUCCACCGCGGUUGGUUUCAGGCCGAGGAGGAAGCACCCUACCGGUUCACCUACUUCAACGAAGAGUUCCAAAGCACCAUUCACAGCCAGACUAUUGGAGAACUGGUCCAGCCCGGAGGUAGUUUCAAGGAGCUGUUUAUCCCAGACCCCCCAAUCCUGUCAGAUUCUUCCGAGAGCGAGGACGAAGACGAGGACCCAACAGUCAGCCUAUCACAGGUGUUGGCUGGUCAAAACGGCGACCCUCGAAUCCCCGUCCGUCAACCGUCCCUCGCAACUAGCACAACGGCAAACGUUCAACACCAGGAUUUCGCCGAGCUUCGAAGAGAACGGACCGGAUCCGCUAACAACGGCCGGCCGAUGUCGACGGAGCCCAAAUCACACCACAGUGAGCAAAAAGCCUACUCUGGGGAGCACACCCCCUCCCGCAUGCGAUCCCCCGUACCUGACCAUGUCAAAUCCCCCCAACCAGACAACAGUAGCAAUAACAACAACAACAACAACAACAACUUGCACCCCACCCCCCAAAAGGAACCCAAACCCAUCCGGUAUGGUGAGCGCCCAGUCUGGUGGCUUGACAUUCUGAGUCCAACAGAGCAAGAGAUGAAGAUCAUCUCCAAGGCGUUUGGAAUCCAUCCGUUGACAGCAGAAGACAUCAUGAUGCAGGAGCAGCGGGAGAAGGUGGAACUGUUUCGGCACUACUACUUUGUCAACUACCGGUCUUUUGACCAAGACCAGUCAAGCGAGAAUUUCAUGGAGCCGGUGAACAUGUACGUGGUGGUGUUUAGGGAGUGUGUGCUGAGCUUCCAUUUUAGCGUGACGCCCCACCCUGCCAACGUCCGCCGGCGCAUCCGACAGCUGAGGGACUAUCUGAUCCUGUCGUCGGACUGGAUCAGCUACGCCAUCAUCGACGACAUCACGGACGUGUUUGGGCCGUUGAUUCAGAGCAUUGAGGACGAGGUGGACGAUAUUGAUGAUGAGAUUUUGCAACUGCACUCGACUACUGCCGCGGCGACGACGGAUCCGUAUGGUAGUAGGAAUAACAAGCAGGACGGGAGUAGUAAUGAGAAGAGGGAGUUGGGGGACGAUGCCGAGGCGGGGAGGGACAUGCUGAGGCGGGUGGGGGAUUGCAGGAAGAAGGUGAUGAGUUUGUAUCGGUUGCUGGGGAACAAGGCGGAUGUGAUCAAGGGGUUUGCUAAAAGGUGUAAUGAGCAUUGGGAGGUUGCGCCGAGGAGUGAGAUUGGGUUGUAUUUGGGGGAUAUUCAGGAUCAUAUUGUGACGAUGACGUCGAAUUUGAGUCAUUAUGAGAAGUAA